AGCUCAACUUGCUGUCUCACUCAUGCUUCCUGGCUUCACUCACAUGCACAGAGAAAGAGAAGAGCUGUAGAGUCUCAGGCGCACAUGAGGCAGCUCUGUCUAUUUUAAACUACAACAGGCUGGACUAUUCCUUUUCCAGUUUAUUACAGAUUACAUGAGCAAGAGCCGAGUUUUAGCUAUUUUUAUUUGUUCAUUUUUUGUUUUGGAUUUUCCUCCAUCUGACUUGAGGUGGCCGUGUGUGUGCCCGUGUGUAACAGAACGAGUGUGAGUUGGAGUGAGUCUGUAUGUGAGUGUAAGAGAAUAAAGGGACAAGGAUGAUUGCCGCCCAGCUUCUUGCCUAUUACUUCACUGAGCUGAAGGAUGACCAGGUUAAAAAGAUUGAUAAGUACCUGUACUCCAUGCGUUUCUCUGAUGAGACGGUACUGGACAUCACACAGCGGUUUCGGAGAGAGCUGGCCAAAGGACUUGGUCGGGACACUAAUUCCACUGCUGCACUGAAGAUGCUGCCAACAUUUGUACGGUCAAUCCCUGAUGGAUCAGAGAAGGGAGACUUCAUUGCGUUGGAUUUGGGAGGCAGUAACUUUCGCAUCCUCAGAGUCAAAGUGAGCCACGAGAAGAAACAGACGGUUCAGAUGGAGAGUCAGAUCUAUGACACGCCAGAGGACAUCAUUCACGGCAGUGGAACACGGCUGUUCGACCAUGUGGCAGAGUGUCUCGGGGACUUCAUGGAAAAACAAAACAUCAAAGACAAGAAACUUCCAGUGGGAUUUACCUUCUCCUUUCCCUGCCAGCAGACCAAACUAGAUGAGAGCUUUCUGGUCACAUGGACAAAACGUUUCAAGGCCAAUGGAGUGGAGGGAAUGGACGUCGUCAAACUGCUCAACAAAGCAAUUAAGAAAAGAGGAGACUAUGACGCUGACAUCAUGGCAGUUGUGAAUGACACUGUGGGAACGAUGAUGACUUGUGGAUUUGACGACCAGCGCUGUGAAGUCGGCAUUAUCAUCGGUACUGGUACCAAUGCCUGCUACAUGGAGGAGCUGCGUCACAUUGACCUCGUGGAGGGAGACGAGGGCAGGAUGUGUGUGAACACUGAGUGGGGAGCUUUUGGAGAUGACGGCAGGCUGGAGGACAUCAGGACAGAGUUUGACAGAGAGAUAGACAGAGGAUCCCUGAACCCCGGAAAACAGCUAUUUGAGAAGAUGGUCAGUGGUAUGUACAUGGGGGAGCUGGUUCGUCUCAUCCUAGUGAAGAUGGCGAGAGAGGGCCAACUGUUUGAGGGAAGGAUCACACCUGAGCUGCUCACAAAGGGGAGGAUUGAGACCAAACACAUCUCAGCCAUAGAAAAGAGUAAGGAGGGGUUGAACAAAGCCAAAGAGAUUCUUAUCAAACUUGGUGUCGAUCCUACCACUGAAGACUGUAUUGCUGUGCAGCAUGUUUGUGCCAUUGUGUCUUUCCGCUCUGCAAACCUGAUCGCAGCCACACUGGCAGGCAUCCUGAUGAGGAUAAAGGAGAACAAAGGAGUGGCACGACUGCGAACCACUGUAGGCAUUGAUGGAUCUCUAUACAAGAUGCACCCACAAUAUGCGCGUCGUCUCCAUAAGACAGUCCGUCGCUUGGUACCGGACUGUGAUGUCCGGUUCCUCCUGUCAGAGAGUGGAAGUGGAAAAGGGGCCGCCAUGGUGACGGCGGUGGCUUACCGACUUGCUGAACAGUCGAAACAUAUUGCCCAAACACUUUCUGAAUUCCGCUUGACGAAAGAACAGCUGCUUGAGGUAAAGAACCGGAUGAGGAUAGAGAUGCAAAACGGCCUUUCAAAGAGCACUCAGGACUCGGCUACAGUCAAGAUGCUGCCAACCUUUGUACAAAGCACUCCUGAUGGCACAGAACAUGGGGAUUUCCUGGCAUUGGAUUUAGGAGGAACCAACUUCAGAGUUCUGUUGGUCAAGAUUCGCUCUGGCAAAAGGAGAACAGUAGAAAUGCACAACAAGAUCUACGCUAUUCCUCUAGAAGUGAUGCAGGGCACAGGAGAGGAGUUGUUUGAUCACAUUGUGCACUGUAUCAGUGACUUCCUGGACUACAUGGGGAUGAAGAACACUCGUCUUCCUCUCGGCUUCACCUUCUCAUUCCCCUGCAGACAGACGAGCCUUGACGCUGGCAUUCUGGUGACAUGGACUAAGGGCUUCAAGGCAACAGACUGUGAAGGAGAAGAUGUGGUUGGACUGUUGAGGGAGGCCAUAAAGAGGAGAGAGGAAUUUGAGCUGGAUGUGGUGGCGGUAGUGAAUGAUACUGUGGGAACCAUGAUGACCUGUGCCUAUGAAGAACCCACCUGCGAGAUUGGACUCAUUGCUGGCACUGGCAGUAAUGCGUGUUACAUGGAGGAGAUGAGGAACGUUGAGAUGAUCGAGGGAGAUGAGGGGCGGAUGUGUGUCAACAUGGAGUGGGGGGCUUUUGGAGACAACGGAUGCCUUGAUGACAUUAGGACAGAGUACGACCGUGCUGUGGAUGACUUCUCCCUCAAUCCAGGCAAACAAAGAUAUGAGAAAAUGUGCAGCGGCAUGUAUCUCGGUGAGAUUGUGCGGAACAUCCUGAUAGAUAUGACCAAGAGAGGAUUCCUGUUCAGAGGACAGAUUUCUGAAACACUGAAGACCAGAAGUAUCUUCGAAACAAAGUUCCUCUCACAGAUAGAGAGUGACAGAUUGGCUCUGCUGCAGGUGAGAGCCAUCCUACAACACUUAGGGCUGGACAGCACUUGUGAUGACAGUAUCAUCGUCAAAGAGGUAUGUGGAGCUGUGUCACAUCGGGCAGCUCAGCUGUGUGGGGCAGGAAUGGCGGCUGUGGUGGAUAAGAUCAGAGAGAACCGAGGUCUGGACCAUCUGAACGUCACUGUAGGGGUGGACGGGACUCUCUACAAACUACAUCCUCAUUUCUCGGGGAUCAUGCACCAGACGGUAAAUGAACUGGCUCCUCAAUGUAAUGUCAACUUCCUGCUUUCAGAGGACGGUAGUGGGAAAGGAGCUGCACUCAUCACAGCCGUAGGCUGCCGGCUGAGACAGGAGCUUAACAAUAAAUAGAAAUGAACUCCUGUCUCACUGUUGACCCCUCACUUCUCUGUGUUCCUUCUCCGUCCACCUGCUCUCUCAGCCCCUUUUUUUUUGUCCCUUCUCCUCCUUCAUCGCACCAGUCCAGAAAAUGCAUUACGCUCCUGUGGCUGCAUUAGCUCAUCUAUAUGACACAGAGAGGAGAUCUUCCUCUGCUGUAUUAGCAGACUGUCAGGUACUGUGUUGUAAUUAGUGUUUGUUUGAUUAACCAUCAUAACAAUACCCAGAUUUGAUCAUUUUUUGUUAUUUCUGAGUUGAAACUUCAGGCACAUUUAGCUCCAGGGCAGAAAAAGUUCCAUCACUCCUAUAAUGCUCCAAUGAGCAGUUUAUCAUCGCCAUCUAGAGGAUCACUCUAAUAACUGCAAACUGUUCAAGUAAAACAGUUGCAAGACAAUAACCAAAGGCAGAAAAAUAUUUAUUCUUGCAAAAUGCUCAGUAGAUGCAGGAACAUGAAAUAAUACAGUUUUAGACCAAAAUCACCAAAGUGGGUCUACUGUAUGCUUCUCACCACAGCCAGACAUAAAGAGAUAUAUGACAUGAUGUAUGAUAAAAGGGAAUAUUUUUGAUUUAAAAUGUUAAUAUCUUACCCAGAUAUAAAACAAUGUGAUAAAUACCUUGUUGCUAUUUAUUUUAUUUUUAUAUUUGGAGAGGUCGAAAAUGUUACUGUUGCAAUAGACUAUUAUCAGAGUCCCUUCAGUCUGUACCCAUUCUUUAAUGGAGUGUUUGAUGAAUCACAUUAGUGCAGAAACAAGACAUGCUUGAUCUGCAGGGAACACCAUGUCACAUGCUUGCUGAGAAUUUACAUUUAGUGUAAUUUAUAACAGCAGUUUUAUUCUACUCUAAUCAAAUCUACUGUAACAUUUUCCCCAAGAACUGUUUUAUUUUUGUAAGUAAAAUAUCUGGUUCUUGAUACUAAGCACAACCAGGAGUUGAUGAAUAGAAGUUGUCGUUACUCCAGAGUGAGACUAGCUGAUUAUUGAAAAACAGCCAUGAAACAGGACUGUGGUGCUAACAUGGAAGUCAGUGGAUCAAAAAUGACAAUACUGUAUGAGAAGAAUAUUUAAAGGGAGGGAAACUUACAGGAGAAUUUAAAUAUUUUGGAACUAAAUUGUGUCCCUGUAGUCACUCACUGUAAUUCACAUGAUCCUGCAGACUGGGGAGGGGGCUUAAGGGAACUGUUGUACACAUUCUUAGGAAACAUUCAUGCAGAGUGAAAUAUUUAUUUUUCUCUAUAUUCUUAAAUAGUUGUAUUAUAACUAUGAUUGAUGCUUAUUAAGAAAGAUGGAAUCUUUCACUGGCUUUCUUCAUUGUAGGGUCAAGCCUUUUUAAAACCUAAAACUUAGACUUCAACUAGUCAACUUGUUCCUAUUUUAAGGUCAGGGCAGGUUACUGUUGUUGUGCAAUGAGGGGUCUUCCACGUGCUGCUGUACAUUUUACUGCCGUUGUCGUAAACCCAGUUGCAGUUGUGACGUGUGGGGAUAGAUAAGCAUAGACCCACCCUAAAUCUAAUGCAUUUAGGGAAUCCUAGAAAUCACUGCAAACAAACUGAGCUUCCAUUCCCACUAUUACUCAAACGGCCAGAAGAAAAGAGGUCAGCCUCUACUGCAGGUUUUAAGCUACCCUGCCUUCAGACUUCCCUCAAAUGUAGAAAACUGAAGCCCUCACACUCCACAGAAACUUAAAAUCUCUUCAUUUUCCUCUGCUGACAAACACAGACUGUAUCCGUCCAACACUGUCAAUCAAAGUCACUAAAUAAAGACAAACCUGUGUCAAUAUA